AAGGUGGAAUUUGGAUAAUAUUCGCCCUCUAGAAGCCUACGAGUAGUCGGGUGAUGCGCUUCCGUACGCUUCCGGAGUGUCCAAAGAGCCGGAGCCGAAAAAAAUCAAAGAAACUCGAAAUAAACGGAUGUACGCUCGGCGAAGGUGUGCCUUUUGAUCGAAGGAAGUGAGAGAGAGAGAGAGAGAGAGAAAGAGAGAGAGAAAAGGAUAUACGACUUUGAUGAAUGUCCGCGAUUGUCAAAAUUUUUCCUGGUACCUCAUGCACAAAUGUCAUAUCGAUAAUCGAUUAUGUUGAUUAGACGAAAGACGGCAAGACGGAUUUCUUCAUUUUCGUCCGACUUAUUCUUUCGAGAACGUUUUUAUUUCCUAGAGGAUAAGCUAGAUAAGAUCGAAAAUAGUUGGAUCUGAAUCAGGAUAUUGCGCUAUCGUUGAAUAGCAUUGAGGCCGCUUAAUGGAGCUCCAUAUAAUUAUGGAUGGCGGUACGGAAACCCUGAACGAAGCUAUGUGGUUCGCUGAGACACCAUCGCCGCCAUACGAACAACUAUCGCCUAAUCGUCCGAACAGAUGCGAUGGAAUAGUAGCGCAGCAAGCAGCCACCGGUUAUAACGAUUCUCGGGAUACAUUGUGGCAAGAUAAGGAGAACGUGCUAAAGAGUUGUUCGGAAGAGAGUGCUGCUCGAAUACGUUCGAGCAACGAAUCGCCGUGUCACGUGUCCUCGUCUCCCGAGCAAACGGGCAAUCCAUCUCAGACGAACAAUUUGAAACGUCGAAACGCUGGUGGCGAACCGACGAUACACCCUAUUUCGGAACUAGAUAGGAAGCACGCUAGAAGAGACGGAUCUAUCGGAAGCAAUGGUUCCACAGGUCAAGGUUGGUCCACACAGGUGGAAGAACUUGCGGAACAUCUGGCCGACUUUGACGGAUCAUUGUCCGCUCUCGCGGCUUCCGAUCUUGCUACAGCCGUCGCCUCCUACAAUAUGAGCGAAGCUUUACUCGCCUUUCCAUCGGUCUUCAAGCAGGAAGCACCGUCACCGGAAAAUCAACACAACAGUUCGAAUGAGUUGAUCAAGGCAAAUGUUGCGCUCGACAAGUAUUGUAGCAGUGCGUGUUGCAGUUUAAAUCACGUGACCCAGAGAGCAAUAAACGGGCCAGCUUCGAAUAAUACGAACGUCGGUACGAUCGAAGCGGACAACAACAACAACAACAACAACAACAACAACAACAACAACAACAAUGGACAGACCGCGGCGGCGAGUCUUCAUCAGCUGCUCUACUCGGGUAACGAGGAAUAUCCGGCGACAUCGACCUCAGGAAAUCACGUUUCUUCCUCCCAACAAGGAAAUGAGUUCAACGAGGAUUGUCGCUUCCAAUACGUUCUUGCAGCGGCUACGAGCAUCGCGACAAAGGUCAACGAGGAAACGCUUACGUAUUUAAACCAAGGUCAGUCGUACGAAGUCAAAUUGAAGAAACUCGGGGAUCUAUCGGCCUAUCGCGGAAGGAUUUUGAAGGGACAUACGACGUUUCUGUUUCAGUCGACGAUUCGUAUUUGUUUUCACGAGAGGCGCCUCCAAUACACCGAGCGAGAACAAAUGCUCGCUUGGCAACGUGCUAGACCCGGUGAAAGAUUACUCGAAGUAGAUGUUCCCCUUAGUUAUGGUAUGGUGGACGUUUGUCAACCAUCUCCGUCCAGCAAUAGCGUAGAAUUUAUGUGGGAUCCCACCAAGGAGGUUGGCGUUUAUAUAAAGGUUAAUUGUAUUAGCACGGAGUUUACACCAAAGAAACACGGUGGCGAGAAAGGUGUACCUUUUCGAAUUCAAGUCGAAACCCGAUUACCCGGCGGACCCCGAUUGCAUGCCGCAUCUUGUCAGGUCAAAGUCUUUAAAUUGAAAGGGGCCGAUCGUAAACACAAACAAGACCGAGAUAAAAUUCAACGGCGACCGCCGCACGAACAGGACAAGUAUCAGCCCGGUUACGAUUGCACUAUUUUAUCCGACAUUCCAUUAGAAGCAUUGUCAUCGUCGAAUUUGAUAGCGCAAAACGGACCGAGUCCUUACACGUCAACCGAGGCAAUAUCACCACAAAGCCGAGCGAGCGUAGGUGGCAACGUUUCGCCCAUUAGAGCACCUUCAGCCCUAUCGGUCUCCGGUUCUGGAGUCGUACCCUUGGUAUCGGUGCCGGAUGCUGCGAAAGAAAACGUAGGAACGGCACCGGCUCUUCCAUCGCCCGCAGCCAUCUUACCGGAUCAAUCUUGCAUCGUUGAAACCGACAACGUUGGUUUCUCGAGGAAAAACGCCAAUUCCCCGAAACAAUUGGAAUCUAUGAAAAUCGGAACAUCUUACUUCACCGAAUUGGCACCGGACGCUAAUACAGCGCAAACGAGCGCGUGGCUUCGAGCGGGCCGAUUCAACGCUUUCGAGUCGACCUUCGCAAGUUUCUCAGCUUCUGACAUUUUACGGCUCUCUAGAGACGACUUGAUACAAAUCUGCGGUCUCGCCGAUGGAAUACGAUUGUUCAAUGCUCUGCACUCGAAGGCACCGACGCCGAAACUCACGCUCUAUUUCUCCUUGGAAAGUAACGGCUCGCUCUGGAGAGUCGCUUAUCUCGAUCAUUUGACCAGCAACGCGCUAACGAACAAAUUAACGAGCACUUUGAGCCUAUCUCAGGAUCGUUUACACUCGGUGCUUUUCCUCGGUCCUCAAGGAAUUCACGUUUUGGUUACCGACGAAUUGGUUGCUAAUAUGAAGGACGAAAGCAUGUACUUCGUGGAAACCAUCAAAGAUACGGCCAGCGAACGGUACAAAUUACUCUUGAAAUUAUCGUCACGCUGAACACCGACGGAUACUACUCCGUUAGUAUGGGCAUCGAUUUAGAAAAUCUUUAUGAGAAGAUAAUCGAACGGGGGAGAGCACGAUGAUGCGCGAUGAUACUCCGAUACUUUACUCUUUCUGCAAUAUCGUUUAUAUAGAUGUGAUAAAUGUGCAUCGUUACGGAAGAAAAACGAGGAAACGAUUCAAGCGAGUUAAACGGCAAAUUUACAUUCUAACUAAUUAAAGAUAAUGCACGAAAGGGAGUCAUCUAUAUUUAACUUAUCAAUUUGUAGGCGCAUAAGUUUGUAUUUAUGACAUAGACGGUAUCGAUCAUCUUUUUUAUACGAUAAUAACAAAUUCUCGUCGUAUGGUAUAUAUUGAUUUCUAAUAUUUCGCAUUAUAAAUCACUUAUAUUUUUGACAAUAAUAGCGACAAUACCGAAAGAAAUGUUCGAGUGUUACGAGCGAAUUUGUUUUUUGCCAUAUUAAUUUUAAAUCCAUUUGAAAAAUAUCGAUUUAUGUAUAUAUGGCGCGAGUUAAGAAAUGGCCUGGUAAUGGAUAGCCCCGUCAAAUUUGUUACUUUAUUUUAUUUCAUCUCUUACGAGAAAAAUUAAAUUUAUUAUUAAAAAUAUAUUUUUAUUGCGUUAUGAUAUUAAA